ACUCCAAAAAUGCGACACUGACACUUGAAUCAUAUUUGUAUGCUGUCGAUGACUCCCAUACGAAGUUGUUAACAAUUGAUAUAUUGGACAGGUGUACAAGAUCCUUCACAUGCAAACUGCAGAUUAAAAUCAACAACUCCUUUUCGCCUUAACUGUCUUCAUAUGGCUGGUUCAUCCCAAAGUUUGUUUAGACCUUCAUUAUAGAAUAAAUCUAACCUUCAUUAAUCAAUCACAAGAUGGAUUCGCAUGAAAUUUAGAAACUGCUGAAAACAGAUGAAAAUGGGUCAGUAACAGUUGUUGGCUCCAGAUGUACCUAGUGAUUCCUCUUUAAUCCUUUUCUAAUAGUAGGUCUUUUCACCAUUUAAUUUGCUGUAUGAUUUAUUUGUGGUUAAUUGCAUUAUCGAGAGUCUAAUUAAUACUAGCCGUUUUCAGGUCUUAUUAACAUGUUUGAUGCUGCAUGGUUAUUUUUGGUCUUUGUCGUCAUCUGUUCCUUUAUUGUUGACAAAGGCUAAAGCUGGGAUUAUGGAUAUCCGGGAAACCAAAUAACAUCGAAACAAAUUAACUUCUUUCCAUUAUAAAUGAUUUUUCAAGUUUCAGUUACCGAACCAUUCUCUUAAACUGCAAUAUCUAACCAGUAACAGCUGGAUUUUUUUUUACAAUAUCAAUUUACUAUAGUCUUUCGUUUUCCACAAUCCGUUUUAAUUUUUCUUUUGGUUGAGGACAAGAAAUGUCUUCACUUAGAAAUAUAUCGGGAAAUGAUGGAGAAUACAAGAUGUCACAUUCUCUAUUUGUCAUCCAUGUUGCUCUCUCCACUUUAAUAUUGGUUGCAGGAGUCUCUGUGAAUACGAUCAGCGUUGGAGUCAUAGUCAGGCUAAAGCUUGCGCGAGAGACAUCCGUUCUCUUUACUCUUCAUCUAAUGAUUGUAAACCUUGCAGCCAGCAUCAUCGCUAUGUCCGUUUCGCUGGCGAACUCGUUUCAUUCAUCCGGAAGAAAGGACAUGUUUUGUAGGAUUACAGGGUUUGUCGUAUUUUCUCUUAUCGGUGUACAAAUGUGUAACAUUACUCUUAUUUCUAUUAGCGCAUACCUGAAAGUGUCCCACUCCACGCUCGGAAUAGGAUUUUUUUCAAGAACUCGGAACGUUGCUCUUUGUCUGGGUAUCAUUUGGAUCAUACCAUUAUGUAUCAUGUCAAUGCCUGCAACUGAACUAUGGGGAGAGUUCUCUCUCUCAAACCACGCGCCUUGGUGUUACCCAUUCACUGGCGGAUUUGGAAUCUUUGUCGUCUGCUUUGCACUGAUAACUAGCCUCUCGGCCCUGUUGUUUUCCUAUGUUGGAAUCAUAAGGACCGUUUUACGAAGCAGACGAAGAGUCGAAAAUGCAAACCAACUUGAUAAUCAGAGGAAAAAGAAACUGCGCAACGAACGACAAUUAAUAUUGACCAUCAUCAUCAUGGUGACGUCAUUUAUUUUCCUUUUUCUUCCGUCAGGGAUAAUUCCUAUUGUUGACCCUAACGUUAAGCUGGGUGUUGAAACCCAUGUCAUUUUCACUUAUGUCAUGUGGUCGCAAAAUUUUCUGGACACGCUGAUCUACUGUGCAUUAAAUUCUAAAAUCCGAAAUGGGAUCAAAGAUUGUGUGUUUUGUACUAAUGUUCGUCGGCCAGACGCCGAGCGAAACGUCAGCAUUAUGUAAAAAAAAAAAUAUGAAACUGACGAUUCAAAGCGUAGUUACUAGGAGACGUGCUUGAACUCAGGAACUUUAUAUUGAACGCUGUAUCAUUUUCUGCUGUACUAUGGCCAAAGAAAAAAAUUCGAACGGACAAAAAUUAAAAUAAUCUAGACAUAAAAAAUAUUGACAAUAUGGCAUUCUGUAGAUUUACAUGCAUACAGUGUAUUUGACGGGAAUAUUUCUUGAACAAGUUAUUUACAUAAUUUAUGGUUAUCUUACAGAAAAUAAGAUUUACAAUAAUUUGUAUAUACAUCUAUCUUGUAUUGUAAAAAACUAUUAGAUGGAGCUCUUUAUUAGGGAAUAGAAAAAUGUUUUAUCCUAUGUUUAAGUACAUAUUUAUCUAUAGAUUUUGACAAAGUAUCAAAUAGGGUUAAAUAACAAAUAAUAAAAAUUAAAGAUUAAAUCUUAUUAAGGAAAAUUAUAUGAUUUUUGAAUCAGCUUUUCUUUACUUCAUAUGUAAACGCACUUCGUACCUAUCUUUCAAAACUUCUUUUUUCGUUCGUUUAAUUUUUUUUGUAUAGAAGAUUGGCCUCAGCUACGUGUAGUAUAGUGACACGUGUAAACUUUCUUGACAGUAAAAAAUCCCUCUCUGAGCUGUAAUUUGUUAUAAAACCAUGAUAGUACAUGUAUUUUGUCCUUGAUUAAUACAAAUUUUUAAAAUUUCAUAUGUGAACGUACUCUGUCCCCUAUCCCCUGUAAGUGUACAUGUAUCAAUAAAUGACAUUUCCUGUCUAGUGCAAUGCUCUCUACUGUAUGUCAAGGUGAGAAAUCAAUCAUAAAUUACAUUUUCUAAUCGUACACCUGUACGUUCUUUAGUUAAUUCUUAUUUUAACAGUGUACAUGUACAGCA